AUUCCCCUAGCUUUAUCUACUAGAGUAAGCUUCAAGCUCUCUCUCUCUCUCUCUCUCUCUCUCACCCUUUUAUGCAGAUUCUGUAUACCACUAUUACUCCUAUAGUGUCAUCAUUAUCAACAUGAAGCUGAAAGGCAUCGAUAUCUUCUGUGCAUCACAAGCUUCAACAGCCAUAUGUUUCAGUAUGGAUCAAGCCUCUUCUUCCUCAUCAGUCAUCCAACUUGGUGGUCGAGCCAUCGAUCGCCACAAUCCCAUUAUCCAAGAUUCAAGAAGAUCAAGUACUAGUACUAGAUUUAUCAAUCCUCCUUGCUAUUCUCACCCCCCUAUCAAUCCCAAAACCUACCAUCAACUCCAGAAGUGCAAGAAAAACUCCUCAUCUUCAAAGACAAGCAGUGAUCAGUGCAAGAAAAAGAUUGUGAGCUUCUCAAAAGAAAAAUAUGAGCAAAAGAGGAAGAGUACUUCUUCCAAUGGUAAGAUGCCGUCUGAUGAUAAUGUUAAGAAGUACUCUUCUGUUCCAAGUGGAAGUGUUGUUAGGAAGAGCUCUGCUGAGCCAGUUGAUCUUAUCAGUAGUAUUACUCCUCCUGGAUCAUCUAGAUACCUUUUAAGUGACAAGGUGUUCUUCGAAGGGUUACCGGAUUAUGAACCAGUUUCGGCAUUGGUUCCGGUUGGAGACAAGGAGAACCGAAACAAAGGGAUGAAUAAGCAGCAAGAAUAUGAAUCCGCUUCUUCAGCAAGCUCUUCCUCAUCUUUGUCAAAACUUCCUUCACCUCCCUCCAACCAGGUUGUAGUGUUAAGGGUGUCACUGCACUGCAAAGGCUGUGAAGGAAAACUGAGAAAGCAUCUAUCAAGAAUGGAAGGAGUGACAUCUUUCAACAUAGACUUUGCAGCAAAGAAGGUGACUGUAAUGGGAGAUGUAACCCCUGUAAGUGUUCUUGCAAGCGUCUCAAAGGUGAAGAAUGCUCAAUUUUGGCCUACUGUGUCUACAACCCCAUCUGCCUCACCAGCACCUUGUCCUACCCAACUAAAGGCCAACAAUUAACACAGUGCAAGAGGUGAUGCAAGAAAGAGAGAGAAGAGAAGAGAAGGACAAAAACUUGGGGAAGAGUAUUGUAAUGUUAAGGUUUGCAUGUGAAUUAAAAACUGAUUAAUCUAGUGUAAAUGCACUGUUAGCAUGGGUGGAAGAACCAGAUUCUGUAGCUGUUUUUUUUUUUAAAUGGUGAUUCUGUAGCUGCUUAGUUAGUAUGAAUUAACUAGGAACUUGAGUGGCAGAAGCUAGCUAGCUAAAGUUCACUUUGUUUUUGAACUUUGCUAUGGUUUGGGACCUUUUGUUAAGAAAAAAUUGAGUCUUUGAGGAACCAUCCAACAAAUUAGAAGUCUGCUUAGCUAUGAGCUAUUCUGUUCUAUUGUAAUCAAUUCCCCAUGUUUGUUGUUUAAUACUACUGCAUGCCAUGCCUUUGUGCUUCCUAAAA